UAUGAACCGUAUGCCAAAUCAUAUAUACAGUUCCUCUACAAUACAGAAUUUCUCUAUGUAUGCAUAUUCGUUUCCCUCAGUUGAACUUUCUCUGAAGACUCCCGCAGACCCAAAAACAGUUGCAGGGCAGUGAGUAAAGCCAGUUUUAAGGUUGGAGGUGCUCCAAGAUCUACAAUGAGUCUAGCUUGUCUUGUUUGUCAUAUUGCUGAAAGUCCCUCCCAAUCUUUUAGGAGUUACUCUGUUUCAAGUUCAGAUAAUGAGGGCCGUUGUUCUAUAAUCAUCAACUGUUUGAACAAGAAAGCAUCUCUUGGACCAGAGGCACCAAGUAGCAUGAUCACAUCAGCCAAAGUAACCCCAUACCCAAUUUUGGCCAACAGUCAGGGAGUCACAGGAACCCCAAGGCUAGUGCGGAGCCGUGCUACCAGGAGGGACCUUAUGAGAGACUGGAACUUUGAUGAAUUAGCAGUGGAGCUUUAAUUUUGCAUCUGACUGGAUAAAAGAGUAGAGUGAUGUUGUUUCGGUAGACAGACCGACCUUAGAAUGACAUAGUAAGUUAGGACUCACUUCUAUUUGAGCAUUUCUGCAUAUAUAUAUAUAUAUAUAUAUAUAACCUGAUCCAAACUUGUGCAAUGCAUGGGCAAGAGUAUUAUCUCCUUGGUAGGAACUGUACAGGUACUGAUGACUGGAGUUGCUUUUGUUACUGUCUCUCUCUCUCUCAAUCUCUCUCUCUCUCUCUCUCUCUCUAAGUAUGUUUCCAAAUCAAUGUCUCAGUUGAUUUUUAUGUUUCAUGCCAUUAGUCCACCUAUCAAAACAGAUUCUAUAGCUGUGAUAUUGGAAGUGUCUGUUGUUGUAUGGACCUUUUGUUUCACUUGUUUAAAGGAGGUUUUCUGAUCUUAUCAAGUGAUGAUUAAAA